AUGAACAUGGAACAACUGUGGCUAGAACAUGAUUUGAGUGAAGAAUGGAUUCCGAGAUCGAGUUCCGAUAAUUUAGACUCCAAGGAGGAAAUUCAGUCUUCUCCAAAUCCCACAAACACAAACUCAUCCAAGAAGGUACCUACCGCUCCUUCCAGCGAUCCAGGAACUUUCAAGAAGGGAUCAGAAUCUUCUUUAGAUAUUCCGCAAUGGAAACAGAUCAAUGCAAAGAACCCAGUGGCUCGUGAUAUUUUUGCAAAACUAGAUCUAGAAAACUUGUUUGAUGGAGGCGGUAGUUCAAGGAAUCAUUCCAGCACAUCCCAAAAGCGACCAGAUUCCUCUUCCAACCCAAUCCCUACAAGCUCUUCAGUUCCAUCCAUCUCCUCUGAACCUUCAGGAAGCUAUCAUGCCAAAUCUUCUCCCAAUCAUUCGUUUUCUUCACAAUCAAAACAGUCUCCUACUUUUUUAAAUAGCUCUCCUCCGAUCACAAGCUCUCCACCCCAUACUGUUUCUCAUUCUACUACACCUCAUUCUCAGAAAUCUUCUUCGUCUCCCAAGAAAGACCCUUCCCGGUCUUCCUCCCGGAGGCGACAUCCUUCUGUGACAAAUUCCUCAAAAUCAUCUUCCCCGUCUUCCAUGGCUUCCUCACCAUCCGUCCAGAAAGGUAACUCUUCUCCCUUAAAACUUUUUCAGGGCGCUAGUGAUCCUUUUACCCGUGAACAUUUGAACCAACUUGCUCAGGAUGUCAAAUCAAACUCUUUCGAGUCUUCCGCAGAAGACUCAUUUCCCUUGCCAAGCUCCAGGCGAGUCUCUAAGCCUGUGCGCACAACUGAGCGGAAAGCCGGGCUCAAUACCAAGGACUUAUACCAAGAAGUAGAAGAAGUUAUGGCAAAGCUACGAGGUCGAAUACCACCUUCAAGUCACGAAUCCACCGUUUUCCUUCCCCGGAAACUAAGCGGUCUUCAAGAGGAAGAGGAACAAAAUGAAGCCAGCGAAUUUAGCAAAGAUGAUAGCUCUAACCCGUUUCCUUCUCUUAGUGACCAGCUUCACUUGCGCGAGUUAGAAAAGAAGCAAAAACUUUUGAAUUUACACCAAAAUCAGUCAGAAACUGUCUCCAGUCACUCACCGCCUUCUCUUGUUCAGUCGUCUGCUGGAACAAAAAGUGAAAAGCGAUCUUCCUAUGCUUCUUCUGAUGACCGUAUGAAAGAUUCCUUCAAGUCACGCAGUCAGAAAACACAAAAUGAUAGCAAUAAUCAACACGACUUUAAAGCGCAGUCAGAAAAUCCAAACAUGGUCGUAAUCACUCCAGCAGACUUACCGGAUGGCAUCGAUACGACUCAAGGGUCAAUGGAGUAUGACCGUGUACACAACCGUUGGCGUCGUCGUGGUCAUGACUCUGAUAUGGCUUUUGAUUUCAGUUCUGAAGGAGAGGAUGACGGAUUCUCAUCUAAUCUGACUGUUUCCUACAAAGCUGCGCAAGAUUCUAGUCCUCCUUCGAAUAAACACCCUAAUGUUCAGAAAAAGCAGCCAAACUCCUACCCUAUGAGGAAAGAUAAUAGUAAAGAUCCUAAAUAUUCAUCAUUAUCUCUUCGUGAUGUUUCCAAUACUCCUUCUCAAAUCGCUUUUUCCUUUCAGGAUUUUCUACCAAAGGAUGAUAGUCAUGACAAUUUCAAUCAUUUGCUUGCCAACAAUUCUUCUGACUUCCCUGCCGAUGGUCCAACCUCUACCUUUACUUCCCCCGAAAAAACCCAUGACGACCAGGCAAUGGAUGAGGAUUACAGUUUUUCUGUCUCAAAGCAAUCUAUCACUCGUUUACUUGAAGAUGUAGAGCCUUACCAUCCAUUUUGGAGAAGGAUUAUUCAACUAGACAUAAGCAGGAGGAACUUGGAUUCUCUGAUUGGGCUUUCUGAGCAAUGUCCUUGUCUUGAAGACCUUAAUAUAGAGAGUAAUGAGUUAUCCUACUUAACUGGAUGUCCUUCUUCAAUUCGGAAUUUAAAUGCUGUCAACAAUCAUUUCUCUAGUCUUACUACUUUUUCGCACUUGAUAAAUCUCCAAUACUUGGAUUUAUCGUCUAACCAGUUAGAAGAUCUAACAGCUCUCUCUCCUUUGAUUCACUUGCGUGAACUAAACGUUGAUAACAACCAACUGUGGAAUAUUGAUGGUAUAUUACGUUUGGAUGGACUUCUCAAAUUAAGCGCUCGCGGAAAUCGAUUUAAGCAACUCUCGUUCACAAACUCUAAUUUAAAUAGGCUGGAAGAAUUACUUUUGGGCAAUAAUGCAUUAGAAAGCAUCGAAGAGAUUAGCUCUCUUCAGAAUUUAAUGGUUUUACAGCUGGAUGGCAAUCAACUUACAACCUUGCAAGCUAGCCAACCGAUGAUUCAUCUACGCGUUUUGCGCCUAAACAACAAUGCCAUUCAACAUCUGGAAGUAGAUCAGUACCCAAAUUUACGGACGUUAUAUAUGGAUUACAACUGCUUUACGAACAUUCCUAAUAUUAAUCGGCUAAAGCGUUUAGUUAAUUUUUCUUUCCGAUCGCAAGAAUUCAAAUCUGGUAGAUAUAUCUUCACACCUCCUUUAGACAUAAGGAAUUUGUACUUGUCGAACAAUGCCUCUAUGGUACUUCAAACCCAUAAUAUGUUAUUGGGGAUUAAGUAUUUGGAGUUAGCAAAUAUUCAAAUAACAGAACUACCCGCCGACUUUGCAAAGAGUUUGCCGAACCUGCGAGUUUUAGAUUUGUCUCACAAUUAUAUAAGUGAAUUAUCUGCUUUAAGAGGGUUUUCUUUAUUACACCGUUUAUAUCUUGUUGGCAACAGAAUUGACAAGAUGAAGAAUGUAUGCGAUACGCUGUCCCACUUGAAAAAGUUGACUCAUCUUGACUUACGCAUGAAUCCUUUGACGUUUAACAUUUAUCCUAUGAUUGACAAUCCUGUAUAUGAACUGUCUGCUGCUUCUAAGUACCAUCAGAAUUUUGACCAAUCGUCCCAAAGAACACUUAGACAUCCAAGACAAAAGUGGGCUGAGAAAGACAGCGCAUUUAUAAAAACGAUGCCAGAAUCAGGAAAGAGCCGCCGGAAAAUGUACACAGAAGCAAUUACUCUAUCUUGUUCUCGCUUAGAAUGGCUAGAUGGACUGGAUUUUGAACUUAAUGGAAACGAUACUUCUAUAUUACAUUCUGUGCUUCAUGAGAUAAAAUAA